AUCAGAAUAGGUUUACAUUGCUGGUUGCAACUUGUUUUAUCUCAACCAUUCUGCAUUGCUUCCAAGGAUCAGAGUUGUAUAAAAGGCAGCACCAAAUUCUUAAGAAAUAUCAUUCAGGAAUCGUCUAUCCGGAAUACCACAAACUGCAAAAAUGAAAUUCGUCCUUUUGGCUCUGGCUUUGAUCGGUGCUGCUUCAGCCGGUUACGCAGGUUACGGAGGUUGGGGAUACGGUGGCUGGGGACAUGGUGCUGCCGUUGCCCCACUUGCUGGUGCCGGUUGGGGACACGCUGCCGGUGGUUGGGGACAUGCUGCCGUAGCUCCAGUUGCCGCCGCUUACCAUGCUCCAGCUGUAGCUGCUUACGGACAUGGAUAUGGUGCCGGUUGGGGAGGAUACGCCGCCCCAGGCUGGGGAUAUGGUGGUCUCUGGAAGAAGAAGGCUUCUGCUUAAUUUAUCAACGGCUUGACUUAUGGAAAAAAA